UCCUGACAACAAGGUGAAAGCUUUAUCUUUGGGCCACUGUGGAUUGAGGGGGGGCUAAUAUUUUUAAUCAUUUCCGGAUAGACAUGUCUCUUCAUUCUCUAGUGGUGUUUCAGUGUUAAUAUUACAGAACGUUCUCUAAGAUACCUCAGUAAGUCUGCUGUAAUCCUACCUCAUCAAGCUACCGGUAUUGGAGUAAACAGGACCGCCUCCUUGCAAAGAAGCUUCCUGAUUGGUUCCUACAGGUGGGCUGUGCUGAAAUGUUGAGUCGAUUAUUUCAGAGUCCAAGACGAUCACUGAGAGAGUUUUUCACACUAUUUAUCUAUUUUAGUGAUAGCUGUCAACAUAGUAAGACAGUUUAAAGAACAUUUUGGCGAAAGAAAUGCUUACAGCCGCUUUAAGCAGAUAUAAGUAUAUCUCUAUUAAUAUAUUAGUAACAAGAAAUCAAUUGCAUAUUCAUGUUAGUGAAAUGUAGGCACUUUGAGCAAAGCCUCUUCAUUGUCUCUUUAAGCGUCUUCUUAUUCAAAGUGUAAAAAUAUACAGUAUAUAUAUUUUUAUCCAGCACUAGUGAUUUUUUUUUCCAGAAUAAAGACCCAUUCAUGCAACUGAAAGCCAAAAUGAUUCCUGCUUUUACCAGUAGGAUUAAGAUGACAUCAAGCUACUGGCUUCUUCUAUAGGUUACUGAGUGCCGGUGACACUCUUCAGGAGGCUUCGAAACCAAUUUUUAUGCCUCGAAUCUCUGAAAAAUAGAGAUUUAAUAUUUGUUCAGUUUAACUCAAGAGAAUGUCAUCAUGUCAGGUCAGUCUGGCAGAAACAAAUGAAAAACAAAUGCAACUAUUUCACACCCUCUGCCUAAAGAGCUUGACAUUUUUAUUUUGGGGCAAUGGGGAAAAAAAAAAACAUUUUUAAUAUGUUUUAAAGAAAUUUUUAAAGAAAUUAUUUAUGGUUUUUGCACAGCAUUUUGUUUAUAGAUUUCUUAUUAAUGUUACAUUAUACAUUGGACCUAACCUCACUCAGUGUUGUAGUAGUUUCACCACAACACUGUUGAAUUCUCAGUUCUGAUUGGUCAGAAGGUUUAUGUUAAUGUGGUCCUUAACACGUUAUUUUUUCGAUGUUUAAAAUUUUUUCUGAUAGUUAAUAAAGAAAAAUGUUGAUAUAGGGAAGUUUUCCAUAAGGAGAUUUAUGUUUAUUUAACAUUUUUGGAAGGAGGUGCCUGUGUCAGCGCUUUGUAACCGUCAGAGGUGAAUGUGUAGCUUUAAGUUUUCAGCCACAGGAAAGUCUUCAGGAUUAAAAGUGCCUCUGGAAUAUGACAUGAUUUUUUUUUGUUUGUUUAUUUGCUUUGUUUUAUGGUGUUAUUAACCUAGAGAGAAAAGUAGAGAGAGGCUUGUAAGAGAAUGACUAUUUAAAGCUGCUCUAACAUAAGUGAUUAAUGAAUGUAAUAUAAAUUAAUAAAUAAUUAAUAAUGAUUUACAUUUGUUAAUUAGUAAUGACAUAAACAUUUGUAGUAAAUAAAUAAUACAUGAAUAAAGCACUUCAGGACAUGCUGUUACAGGACAGGGAACCUCAGUGUGGUAACAGGAACGCACUUCAUGUCCUGGUUGGUGAUUAUUUUCCUCUAACAGCAUGCUCCUGUGUGUUUUUAUUUCUUACUUGAUGAUUUUUCAUUUGUUAUUUUGCACAACACAAAUUCCUGGGAUGUUUUUUUUUUUUUUUUUUUUUAAAGGUUUAUAACGGAGCUAAUGAUGAGCUUUGCUUCAAUACAGCAAGCUUGAUGUUCGUCUUUGGCUUUUGGACUCUGUGAGCUGUUCGUUGCUCGGAUCUCCGUGAAUAGUGAAUGAGUUCCGAGUCGAACUGCAGGGUGUUUGAUUUUCAUGUUGAACUGUAAUGGGCUGGUCCUGAUCCAGCAGGCUGUAUGAAGUCUCCUUCACUCUGUCACUGUCUCAUUAGCUGCUGCUGACUGCUGUGCUUUCUGUCCACCACCAGGAGGCACGUCUCACACCGACAACAAUCAAAUCUUAAAGCUUCAGCUGCAAGAUCAUGGGUUGUGGAUAACGAGAAGAUAUCGAUCUCCUCUGCUCUGUGAGUGUUUGUGGUUGUAGGAGAAAUAGUAUCUUCUCCAGGCUCAGAUGAUUCAUCCUGAUCAGUGUGUGAAGGUCAAACACUCAAAACUCCAUGUUCCUCUCUCAGAGACUUCAGUCAUUUCCUUUUCCUUCCUUUUUUACAGCAUACUGCUGCAUCGUCACACACACCCAACUUUUAGUUUUCCUUUUUCUUCUUUUCAAUCAUCUGUACAUUGUGAUCUGAAAACAACUGUGUUUUAUUGAUGAAUGGGGAAAUGAAACAGUUCUUAUUAGACAUGGAUCUUUGGACCCAAAUGUCCCCAAGUAAAUAAUAGUAAUAAUAUCCAAUAUAACUGUAAACACUCUUAAAUUUUCUUCUUCUUUUAAUCUAUAAUAUCUCCACAGUCUUCUGCAGCUUCAUUUUAGCCUCCUAGCGCUGGAGCUGAGACACAACUUGCUUUUGUAGGCAGCAAGUAACAGUUUAUCUGACAGUUUUCUUCUACCGUAGCUGAAUUAUGCAAGUAUCUUUGGUGUGGCAGCACCGGCUCCCCAGUCCCCAGUUCAAUCCUGAGCUUUUCUCCUUUUGCUCGUCUCCCACCUUCCAAGGCAGAUGAUUUGGCUACAACAAAUUGCCUGUAGGUGUGAAUAAGUGUGUUCAUGGUGAAGAAGGAUUGACUGGCAUUCCGUCCAGGGAGUAUUUGUGCCUCACACCCAGUGUCCCGGAUCCACCACGUAGGCCGAUUUAAAUAUUAAUGCAGUGACAUCUGUCUAUCUGUAUAUGUUCAGCUCCCCAAGUAUUACACAUAUGUGUAUUUUAAAUUAAACCUGAAAUGGGUGUGGCCUAAAGUGGGUGUGGAUUCAUAUUUAAUUUUUUAAAAAUGGUUUAGAAGGGUGUUUUGUUGUUGUUUUAAUUAAAUAUGAACCCUGUGCUACCAUGCAGAAACAAACACUGGAAAGUUUAUAAUUGGUCACUAGAGGUUUUUUUAAAUCCUGCACAGAGCCCUGACCUCAACACCACUGAACACCUUUGGGAUGAACUGGAACACCGACUGAACCCCAGACCUCCUCACCAACAUCUGUGCCUGACCUCACUAUAAUCCUCUUGUAGCUGAAUGAACACAAAUCCCCAAGGCCACGCUCCAACAUCUAAUGGAAAGCCUUCCCAGAAGAGUGGAGCUUAUUAUAACAACAAAGGGGAGAUAACAUCUCAAUGGGAUGUUUAACAAGAGUAAUAGAUUUAUAAAUUGUGGCAGUUAAAGUGAUCAGGAUUGUGUGAACUAAACCUGGUCAUCUAAACUAUGCUUAACUACUACAUUCCUCAGAGCAUGUUUGGUAUCAAUCUAAUCCAUAUUUCAUGGUGAACAAUGUGGUGACAUCGUAAAUAUCAUAUAGGUUUAGGAAACAACAAUUACAGUGUAUGUUGCAAUAUGAGUUCUUGCUUUGUGCUCUCUCACCAACACACACACACAUGCUGGCACCACCUGGUCAGCAUGGGAGACCUUUUGCCUUUGUUCCUACCGACUCAUUCUCAGGAACUUAAUUAACAUACGGUUUCCUAGGGAGAGAUAGCCGGCUGGGGGUCCACCCUGCUAUAAAACCCAUUGUGUCUCUUCCAUUUGGUACUCUGGUCAUUAUACAUGUCAAAGAGGCUUGAGGUAAAAAUGUAAAAAUGGGGGUUUUUACCAGAAAGUAGGAGCACCGUGAGAUACGUUACCAUCACGUAUCCUAUUCCCUCGACCAUUGAUUCUGAUAUCCUCAUGAUCUGGAACCUGAGAUUGGUGAGCUCAUCUCGGCUUGAGGAACGGAAGACUCUCACUGAAAUCAGAAAAUCAACAAUACAGGGUGGUUUGAUUGACAUACACUGUGAUGUAUGCUUGUGUGUGUGUGUGUGUGAGUGAGUGAAAGAGAGCUUUACAUUAAACAUAUGAAACUGUUUCAUAUAUUCUGAUUUCGUACUAAUCAAAUUUCACAGUAUUUCUACUAUAGGACAAUGUUAUAGCUGUGUCAAUCUGUGUAAGGAAUAAAACUUGCAGUGGUGUGCUGUUAUAAGAAAAUAAUCAACAACAGGAUGAUGCGAUGUGGCCUGACAUGAAGCAUUAGUGUUACAACCCCAAAGUUGUUUAUGUUCAUAUAACGGCAUGUCCCAAAGUGUAUUAUUUCUCUCUUAUACCCCAGCAAUCUGCCUAUUAUUAAAUUUCAUUAUUAAUUAAAGAAAAAAACAUCCUUUUUAUCUGUUUAUAGUUACAUUUAAUGUUGUGGAGCAUCCAUGAAGCGUGUUACUUUCUGAUCACUUACAGCAGCCAUAAACAGUCGUUCCCACAUCAGCCAAACUUCUUUAAAUCUCUCUUGAAGUUAAUAUGAGAAAAAACCCAGCUUGUCAUGCUAUCAUGGUCCUUGACUGAGAGCAAUUAACUGUUCUGUUCUUUCCCUUUCUCGGUGUCAGUGUCGGAGGGGAUUAAAGGUGUGUGAUGGUGGGAACAGAGAAGCCGAGAGCGUGCGCACACACACACACACACACACAAGCCGUCCUCUGGGGUUUAAACCCUCAAACUCUUUAAACACAAACAUUCUUAUCCAGGAUAUGUAUUUAAGCUGGCCACCUCAGAGAAAAGAAGGGGAAAGAGCAAAAGAAUCAUGGCAAUAACAUGAGAGAAGCUUUAAUUUUCUGCUCUUAUUUCUGUUUUUUUUUUUCCCUCUUAGAUUCAGUUGAUUUUUGGCCAAAGCAAUAACUCGUCUGGCCUCUCACAUUCUCUAGAGAUCUCUAUUCCCAGAAGCAGGGGAAAAAAGGGUUCUUCGGCAGGUUUUUGUAUCAUUAAUGGUUCUUAGCUUCCUAAUAAGGAUCAAUGUGAAACGGUUUAUCAGAGGGGAAAAGCUCUGCUGUAGGGUUCUACACAGAACCUUUAGAAGUUCACCCAACAGGACAACCAAAGACCCCUCGAGGGUUCCUGAUCUGACUGUGUGUACAGCUGACAUGAGUGUGUUUCUCUCGAGGAAUCCCAAUCCCAUGUGUGGUGUUAUUAAUAUCAUUAAUAUUUAUUAUUAUUAAUUAUGCUUUCUCUUGAUAAUAAAGGAAUAAUCUUGUAUUGAAUCACUGAAUGAGUGUAGUCUUGUUCAGGGCAGGUUCAUAAGGGAUAAACUUUUAUUAGCAUGAAAUGUUUGAGAAAUGUGUGUUGUUAAUGUGACAGGAGGUUAGUUCUGACUUCACUCAGAUUAAUUCCACAGAAAGGAUUUAAUCAUAGAAGCUUUCUAAAAUAAUGAGGGUGACUUAUUGGAUUUAUGCAUUUUGGAAAAUCCUUAUACAAAAAAUUAUCCAAAGUAUCCUUAUAACUGUAAAAGGGUGAAAUUUCAAUAGUGACUGUGGUUUAGCAUUCACUUCACUGUAGACCUCAGGUUUAUUCAUGUCCCUUUUUAAAUCCAAACUCAAAAACAUUAUUCCAUAUCCUAUGGGAGGAAUGGGAGAGUCUCUCUCUCUCUCUCUCUCUCUCUCUCUGUGUGUGUGUGUGUGUGUGUGUGUGCAUGUCUGCAUAUACAUAUAUUGCAUAUGUUAUUGUCGUGUAGAGUAGAGAACUGGCAGACUGGCAGGAAAGAAUUUGCAUAUAAAGCACGCGCGUUCACGCGGGGGGAGGAAAGCUGCGCAGGACGUUAAGGACAGUAACUUCUCCCUCACUCUUCUCUCCCUCGCCGCAGUGGGAAUCUCUCCUCCUUUGAGGUGUGGUCACACUGGAGCUCCGCUCAAAACCGGACCAGCGCGCAAAGCUGCGCGAGGCAAGUUUCGCGGUGCGCGUGAGCAGCCUGGGCUCCGUCCGGCGCGAGCGUUAAAGCCCGCAGCCUCCUCGCGCUCACGGUGCGUGCGUGUGUGUGUGUGUGUGUGUGUGAGAUUAGAGGUGUAACUCCACUCAGGUGUGUGUUAUGGCUGCUGUGAGGAGAGAUCUCUCUCAGGACGGUUCCUGGUCCAUCGUCCUCGUCUCCUUCGUGGCUCAGCUGCUGGCGUUCGGCUCUCCCCAGGCGGUGGGCGUUCUUUACCCCGAGUGGCUCAGCACCUUCCAGAAGGGCAAGAGCACCACCGCCUGGGUCGGAUCUACUGUCCUGGGGGUGGGGCUCAUCACCGGCCCACUGUGCAGUGCGUGUGUCGAUAAUUUUGGCGCCCGGCCCGUGACCAUCUUCAGCGGUGUCAUGGUGGCGGGAGGUUUAAUGCUUAGUGCCUUCGCUCCCAACAUCAUCUUCCUCAUCUUCAGCUAUGGGAUUGUUGUUGGUCUGGGUUGUGGGCUCGUCUAUGCAGCCACAUUGACUAUCACCUGUCAAUAUUUUGAUAAGAGGCGUGGUCUUGCCCUGGGCAUCGUUACCACAGGGACCAGUGUGGGCGGCUUUAUGUACGCCUCUAUGCAGAGGAAGCUGAUUGAGCAGUAUGGAUUGGAUGGGUGUCUACUCAUUGUUGGUGCUCUGGCACUACACCUGAUUGCAUGUGCUGGACCCAUGCGAUCUUUGAAUCUUCCAGGCUACUACAUCAAACAGAAGGCUGUUCUGAAGUGUGCAGAUGAGCCUCUCUAUGACAAAGAACUUGGAAUAGACCCAUCAGUGGAACAUCAGUCGCUGGUAUACACGAUCAAAAAGCGCCUUCAGCCACACGCCCAGUAUAUGCAUGGCAUGCGCGAGUGCUUGCGGGAGCCCUCGUUUGCGGCACUCUGCAUCUCCAUCUUCCUAUACAGUCUGGGUGCAAUCCCACCCAUACUCUUCAUUGAGGACGUGGCUCAGAACAAGGGCCUCCUCGACCAUGUUACACCCAUUCCUCUAGUCUCAAUCAUUGCUGCUGCAACGGGAGUGGGCAAGCUGGCACUGGGCAUCUUGGCAGACAUGCGCUGGGUGAACAGCUUGCAACUCUAUGCCAUGACCGUGGCUGCAAUGGGCGCCGUUCUGCUAGUGGUGCCCAUAUGGAAGAGUUAUGCUGGACUUCAGGUACUCUCAGCUGCCAUUGGUUUCUUCUCAGGCAACUGGUCAAUUACAUCCUACGUCACCACGCGCCUUGUGGGCAUCGAGCGCCUUGGCCAGGCACACGGGCUCCUGAUGUGCUUUGGCGGUUUUGGGAUCAUUCUGGGACCUCCUGUCGUAGGUGUGGAGGAUCAUUCUUUGAUUGGACGCAGUCGUAUGACCUGGCGUUCUACUUCACUGGAUGCUGUUUGGUAGUGGGUGGCACUGUUCCCUUCCUAACACCCUUGCUCUGUAGGAAUCCAGACAACAAAGACAACAAUGUUUUGGGUGAGCUUGAUGGUGACCUUGACCCCGAACUCAAAAACCCCUCUGAAUGUAACAGAGUGACUUCUGAG